AUGGCCGGCCUUAUCUUCGUCCCCGUGGUCUUGGCCGUCUCUCCGGAUGACAUUCAGGACGAGAUUGUCCAGGCCAUGUCAGAGAACCGCAACGCGAGCAUCUACAUCCCGCCAGGGGCGCAUCUCCACCUCAAUACCACCAUCGGAUGUUGGUCCAACAUGCACCUCAAAAUCCGCAGCAGCGGAGAGGGCGCCACUCUCGACGGAGCAGGGAUCUUUCCACACGUAUUCACGGGGGGGACGUCAAUCCUCUUCAUCUCGGGCUGGUGCCACCUAACGCUGGAGGCACUUCACUUUGUGAACGGGCGUUACUCAUCUGGAGGCGCUAUCUAUGCCGACCACGCCGGAAAUAUCGAGAUGCACGACACUCACUUCACUGAGUGCUCAGCUCCAACACCGACUGAUGGCGGCCCUACUGUUUAUGGCGGUGCAAUGUGCGUAAUAAACAGUGGCGCUGUGACCAUGACCGACGUCAGCUUUACUCGCUGCAGUUCUUACCACACGGCCGGCGCUGCGUACUUCUACAACAGUGGCGACAUUUCGAUAUCAGGUGCAGCCUUUGAAGACUGCACCAGUAAAGAGACCGGCGGCGCUCUGCAGGUGAUUCAAAGCGGCAGCGUAGAAAUGACUGCUGUCAACUUCACACGCUGUGUGGCUCGCAAUCAAAUGGGCGGCGCCAUGUAUGUAAUGGGCAGCAAGCACAUCGCGAUUACUGCUGGCACCUUCACCGGCUGUCGGGCUGGAACGCAAGCAGCUGUGGUCCUGCUAGCAAACGAACGUCUGAACCUAGCCGGCACGCGCUUCAUCGACAACGAGGCGGUUUUGCCGCCCUCCGCUCUUUUCUUGUCUGCCACUUUCGCGUCUACCGUCAGCAACACGAACUUCUCUGGCAACGUUGUCCGGCCAUCCACCGACGCACAGGCGGCACAUGUGAAUGUAAAGGACGUCACCAUCCUCGCCGCCACCUCUCUAGUCUGGCCCUGCCCGCUCGGCCACUGGAUGCCAGACGUCGGCUCGCUCGUCGGCGAUCUGGACGGCUGCGACCGUCUUUGCGCCAAGGGGUACUAUGGGAAUGCGACGAUCCUCUUCACACACUUUGCGGCGACGGACGGAGGAAAGGACCGUGAAGACAAACUGGCGGAGGAUAGAAAGUACGAGAUACGGACAGCCUUUGGGGCGGGCAUGUGGGGAGGAAAGCUGCCGAACACGUGGGAGGUGAUAGACGCGGAGAUGUACGCGAUACUCGCAUACCUACGCAAAAUGGCGAGCGCGAGCGACGCACAGACGCGACGGUACGUGUAUAUCCAAGCGGCUCAAGCCUCAAGUUAA